AUGACUGACUAUCAUGACAAUGCUUCCGAAGAUUCAGAAGAUUAUGAAAGAUUUAGGACAUUGAUAGAUAAUGAUGAGACAAUUACAUCAAGUGAAUCUGCUGAUUUUCCGGAUUCUUUUUGGGAUGAUUUUAGAAGACUGAAUAUAAGUAGCGACCGUUUGAGUCGUAAUGAAAGAGAGGUUUCUAUACCCGAAUCCCGAUCGUCCACUGACACAAAUGCUGAAAAUUCCAUAACUUUUGAAUUAAAUGCUGCUAAUGUUGAAGUUACUAGUACAACCACACCUGCUGGUACUUCUGAAACUGAAGCUAGAAUUAUUGAAAGAAGAAAAGAGGCUAAUUUAAGAACGAUCGUUGAAAUUGAACGAUCAAUGAAU